UGAGUAUUCUUCUUUGUCAAGUUGGUUACACUUUGAAAUGAUCACAUUUUCUAUGCCGUGCGCCACAUUUCUGCUUUGUAUGAUGCAUUUCGUGCGUUUUGGAGGACAAAAUUAAUUGAUAUGUCAGCUGUAUCAGCAGCUAUGGCAGAUGAGGAUGAUUUUGAGAAAGAUGGAGAUAUCAACGGACAAAAGCCCGACAAAAUGUUUGUUCUCAAAAAAUGGAACGCCGUCGCGAUGUGGAGUUGGGAUGUUGAGUGCGACACCUGCGCGAUCUGCCGCGUUCAGGUGAUGGACGCAUGCUUAAGGUGUCAAGCAGAAAACAAACAGGAUGACUGCGUAGUGGUUUGGGGUGAAUGCAACCAUUCCUUUCACAACUGCUGCAUGUCGCUGUGGGUGAAGCAGAACAACAGAUGCCCCCUGUGCCAGCAGGACUGGCUGGUCCAGCGCAUAGGGAAGUGAAGAUAUUCACUCAUCUGCAUAUAUUGUGUAUAUAUAUACAUUCUGCUAGAUUUAUUUAAGUUGGACCUUCUGUCAUCUUCAAAUAAAAUUGCCAAGUUUUCUUCCUUCGUACAGAAA